AUGGCCAAGUCCCCUGGCUGCUGCUUCGUCUGGGCCCGGUGCCUUCACUGCCUGUAUAGCUGCCACUGGAGGAAAUCCCCCAAAGAGAAGAUGCAAACCAGCAAGUGCGACUGCAUCUGGUUUGGCCUGCUCUUCCUCACCUUCCUCCUCUCCCUGGGCUGGCUGUACAUCGGGCUCAUACUUCUCAAUGACCUGCACAACUUCAAUGAAUUCCUAUUCCACCACUGGGGACACUGGAUGGACUGGUCCGUGGCAUUACUGCUGGUCAUCUCUCUUCUUGUCACAUAUGCAUCCCUGCUAUUGCUCCUGGCCCUGCUACUGCAACUCUGUGGACAGCCUCUGCAUCUGCACAGUCUCCACAAGGUGUUGCUGCUCCUCAUUAUCCUUCUUGUAGCUGCUAGCCUUGUGGGACUGGACAUCCAGUGGCAGCAGGAGUGGCGUAGCUUACGUCUGUCACUGCAGGCCACAGCCCCAUUCCUUCAUAUCGGAGCAGUGGCUGGAAUCACCCUCUUGGCCUGGUCUGUGGCUGAUACCUUCUACCGUAUCCAUGGAAGAGGUCUGAAGAUUCUGCUACUACUCCUAUUUUUUGGAGUUGCCCUGGCCAUCUACCUGGCCCCCCUAUGCAUCUCCUCACCAUGCAUCAUGGAACCCAGAGAUUUACCCCCCAAGCCUGGGCUAGUGGGACACCGAGGGGCCCCCAUGCUGGCCCCUGAGAACACCCUAAUGUCCUUGCGGAAGACAGCUGAAUGUGGAGCUGCUGUGUUUGAGACAGAUGUGAUGGUCAGCUCUGACGGGGUCCCCUUUCUCAUGCAUGAUGAGCACCUGGGCAGGACUACGGAUGUUGCCUCUGUGUUCCCAGGCCGAAUCACAGCCCACAGUAGCGACUUCUCCUGGGCUGAACUGAAGAGACUCAAUGCUGGGACCUGGUUCCUAGAGAGGCAACCUUUCUGGGGGGCCAAGAGACUGUCAGGCUCUGAUUGGAAAGAGGCUGAGAACCAGACAGUACCAGCAUUAGAAGAGUUAUUGAAGGAAGCUGCAGUCUUCAACCUCUCCAUCAUGUUUGACUUGCGCCGCCCCCCACAAAACCACACAUACCACAACACUUUUGUGAAGCAGACAUUGGAGACUGUGCUGAAUGCAAGGGUGCCCCAGGCCAUGGUCCUUUGGCUACCAGAUGAAGAUCGGGCUAAUGUCCGACAACGGGCUCCCAGAAUGCGCCAGAUAUAUGGAAAGCAGGGAGGCAACAUAACUGAGAGGCUGCAGUUUCUCAACCUCCCAUAUCAAGACCUGCCACUGUUGGAUAUCAAAGCCUUACACCAGGAUAAUGUCUCAGUGAACCUAUUUGUAGUAAACAAGCCAUGGCUCUUCUCCCUACUCUGGUGUACAGGGGUAGAUUCAGUCACCACCAAUGACUGCCAGCUGCUGCAGCAGAUGCAAUACCCGAUCUGGCUUAUUCCCCCUCAAACCUAUCUAAGGAUGUGGAUCAUCACCAACUGUGUCUCCACCCUGCUGCUUUUGUGGACCUUCCUCCUCCAAGGGAGAUGUGCUAAGGAGCGAGAGAGAACUGGCUUAGAAACAGCAGUGCUGCUGACCAGGAUCAACAAUUUCAUAAUGGAGUGA